AAGUGGCGCAUAGGGAGCCAGGUCAGCGAAGGACACCCUGAUUGUGUGAGCGCAUCUCUUAUAGCCUUCACUACACAGCAGCCCUCUUCCUACACUGCCAGCAACUUCAUAUAACCAAGCAUGAGCAGCUCCAGUGUCAAACGCUUGGCCGUCACACUCAUGGAUGCCUCUACAGAUAAGGACUUGGAGGUGCAGGAGCAGGUCUAUAGCUCAUUGUGCUUUAUGGGAGAAUCUGCUCCAAAAGAAGUGCUCGAAUCUUGUGAUUCGUAUUUACGGCAACAUGACAAGGAUAUUAUCUUUGAGUGGCAGCAGGCAGCAAGUAAUGUCCUUGUCGCUGUUGGACGCCAUUUUAUUAACUCUGUAAUGGAGGAGAUACUCUGCAAAUUUCAGCCGGGAAUCCUGCCACACUUCUUUACCAUGCAGACCUUAGCCAACCUGUCCUUGGCCAAUGUAUUUGGGAUGGUGCCGUUUCUGAACUCCAUCCUUGGGACUAUGUUACCCAUGCUGGGUAUGGCCAAGCAAGAUCCUAUGAAAGCCGUGUUCUGUGUGGCUCUGCAGCAUUUCAGUGAGAGUAUACAGGAGUAUCUAGCAAAUCUGGACAAGGCCCCAGACCCCACAGUGAGGAAGGAUAUAUUCUCCAGUGAAAUAUUCAGCGCAUAUGAUGUGCUCUUUAACAACUGGCUGCAGAACAGAGAGUCUAAGGUCAAGUUGGCAGUAGUUGAAGCUCUGGGACCAAUGAGUCACUUGUUGCCUAAUGAGAAGUUUGAAGAGCAGCUUCCCCGGUUAAUUCCCGGCAUCUUAUCUCUGUAUAAGAAGAACGUUGAACCUUUUUAUGUGACCAAGAGCCUGUGCCAGAUAUUGGAGAGCUCUAUUUCCAAUGAGAGUCGCACAUUGGAACCACUCCUGGACUCUCUGCUGGUGACAUUACAUGCCCAGAUAUGCUCAUCGAUGGACACAAGCACUCAUCUCCAGCUGAGGAAUCAUAAUGAGGUGCUGCGAUGCUUCACCAUUCUUGCUUCUAGGUUUGCAGAUCAUCUGCUCUCCUUUCUGUUACCCAAACUGGAUACCAGUAACUCAAAGGUUCGUGUGGGUUCACUAACCAUCAUAAAGCAGGUGAUCAACUCGUCAGCCUCCUCAAUGGAAACAAAGAAACCUGUUAUCCUGGCAGCAGUGAGACAAAUCUUGCAAGACACCAGCAACAGGAUCAGACGGGCGGUAGUACAGCUGAUCAGCUCAAUGGCACAUCACGGGUACCUGGAACAGACUGGAGGAGAGACCCUUGUGGAAUAUAUUGUUCGACUCUGUUGUCUGGCACCGAACAAACUUCAGGAUAAGUUUUAUCUUCAAAACUCUGAAGUGGAGGAUGUGACAGAAGAGAGCGUGCGCCGGAUCAGCAUUAACACCUUGUACCUCAUUAGCACAACAGUGGACCGUAUCACCAAUAUCCUGUGGCCAUAUCUGCUGGAGUUUGUGGUCCCCGUUUCCUUCACAAAUGCUGUGACCCCUGUCUGUAAGAGCCUGGUGCACCUUGGCCAGAAGAAGCAAGCAGAGGGCGUUGAGGCCUUUCUUAUUAACUACAACUUACAUGUGAACCUGCCGUCCCCUCACGCCCUGUUUGCCCGGCUUUUGGUGGUAUCUGCAUCUCUAGAACUCAAUGAUGGAAGAAAUUGUGCAGCUCUCCGUCUUCUCAGUGUGAUGCAGAUGAAUAUACACCCAACUCUGGGUCAGUGCUGGCAGCAGGCGAUCCCCCAAUUACUACAACAUUUAGAAGUGGCUGAAGAGAAACCUUUGCAGCAGACAGAUUGGGAAAACCAACUUCUCCAGUUCCUCUGUGAAACCCUUCAGACAGUGGUGGAUGAUGGCUGGAUAUGUCAGCUAUCACUAGAGAUGACUAGACAACUUAUUAACUACAAUAAUUUUCCACUUGAAAAGAACUUUCUGUACAAAAGCAUUGGGACCACCCUCGGAGCCUGCAGUAACCGAGAUGUAGUGAAGGCACAGCUGCAAGAACUUCUGACAACAGCCCGCUAUCACGAGGACAAUGAGAGAGAGGGCCUGGCUUCGGCAUUUGGGAUCUGCUCAGUGCACCACUUGGAUGACACCUUGAACAAGAUGGCAGAGUUUCUGAAGUCUGAUAUUAUGAAGAAGAGCAUGGGAAUUUUCAACCUUUUCAGGGAUCGUAAUGAUGGAGAUCUGGAGAAGAUAAAGAGUGCACUGAUUUUAUGUUAUGGCUAUGUGACCGUUUACGCUCCUGGUGAGCUGGUGUUACCACGAAUAGAAUCUGACAUUCUGCGUAACGUCUUCCUGUACUUCCACUCCAAGGUUCUGGGAAUAAAAGUAGAGCCCAAGGACCUGACACUCAAGCUCUGCCUUAUCCGAAGCAUCUCCAUGAUCAGCCUCGCCAUCUGUAACAGCUCCCAGGCCGGUUCCUUUCACUUCUCUCGCAAGGCAGAGCUGCUGUCCCAGCUCAUGGAGUUUAUAAAGUCAGAACCUGCAGAUGAGCUGAAGUCCCCAUUACGUCACAGAGUGCUUGUUGCCUGCACAUAUCUCAUAAAACUGGAGCCGCCCCUGAUUGACACGUUUAAAUCUGAUGUGAUGAACACCUGCCUGAACAGUGUCUUUUCUCUGCCUCCUGUCACUAAUGGGGGUCUGGGGGAGCGUCACAAGGAGAGCCUGUACUAUGAAACGUUAGAUGCAUUGAAGGAACUGCUGAAAAACAUCUUGCUGUGGAACCUGACUCCCCCAGGACUUAAUGAGAUGUUUCAGAUCAUGGAGCCUUGGAUCAAAUCCACCAAGGAGCACAAGCGAGAGCGGGCGGUGGACAUCACUGCUUCCCUGUUGGAGUUCUACCUAAACAAGCUUAAUGUCACAGCCUCUGCCCCUGAGAGCGAGGCUAUUCACAAUAUAGGCAAUGUGGCGUCUCCAUGUGAUUCUGAGACUUUAGGCAAUGUGGCAUCUCCAUGUGAUUCUGAGACUUUAGGCAAUGUGGCGUCUCCGUGUGAUUCUGAGACUUUAGGCAAUGUGGCGUCUCCGUGUGAUUCUGAGACUUUAGGCAACGUGGCGUCUCCAUGUGAUUCUGAGACUUUAGGCAAUGUGGCGUCUCCAUGUGAUUCUGAGACUUGUGAUGCUUUUUCGGACUCUUCUCUGGGAGAGCCGGCUUACUUGAAGGACACCAGGUUAAGAAAAAAGACUAAAUGUCCUGUUGCUACUCUAGAUAGUAAGCUUAGAGGUUUGGAAUCUCCUGCCACUGGUAGAAAAAAGACUAAAUGUCCUGUUGCUACUCUAGAUAGUAAGCUUAGAGGUUUGGAAUCUCCUGCCACUGGUAGAAAAAAGACUAAAUGUCCUGUUGCUACUCUAGAUAGUAAGCUUAGAGGUUUGGAAUCUCCUGCCACUGGUAGAAAAAAGACUAAAUGUCCUGUUGCUACUCUAGAUAGUAAGUUUAGAGGUUUGGAAUCUCCUGCCACUGGUAGAAAAAAGACUAAAUGUCCUGUUGCUACUCGAGAUAGUAAGCUUAGAGGUUUGGAAUCUCCUGCCACUGGUAGAAAAAAGACUAAAUGUCCUGUUGCUACUCUAGAUAGUAAGCUUAGAGGUUUGGAAUCUCCUGCCACUGGUGCCGGGAUCUUUUUCGUCAAGAAUAAGGACAACUCAUUAAGGCCCAUAAUAGACUAUCGUGAGUUAAACAGAAGAACCAAAAAGAACAGGUACCCUCUUCCACUGAUCCCAGAAUUAGUGGAACGCCUUAGUAAAGCAACUGUUUACACCAAGUUGGAUUUAAGAGGCGCAUACAACCUCAUUAGGAUCAGGGAGGGGGACGAGUGGCUCACCGCUUUUCGGACACGCUACGGACUCUAUGAAUACCUAGUUAUGCCGUUUGGGCUAUGCAACGCCCCGGCUACCUUCCAGUAUUUUAUUAACGACAUAUUUAGAGAUCUACUGGACGUUUGCUUGGUAAUAUACUUAGACGACAUCUUGAUAUACUCUAAUAACAUGGAAGACCGUAAAAAACAUGUCCUUUGGGUGUUAAGUCGUUUAAGAACACACCACGUGUAUGCUAAACUAGAGAAGUGCUCCUUCCACACUGAAGAAAUCACCUUCCUGGGCUACAAAAUCACCUCUUCUGGAGUUAAAAUGGAAGAUGGCAAAAUCGACACCAUUCUUAAAUGGCCUACCCCUACCAACAGGAAACAGGUUCAGCGUUUCCUAGGCUUUGCAAAUUUUUAUCGCAAGUUCAUUAAAGGAUUUUCAAAGAUUGCAAAACCUCUAUGUAGACUCACAGGUACUCAAACUCGUUUCCUUUGGACACCUGAAACCGAAAAAGCCUUUAACUUCCUCAAACAAUGCUUCACCACUGCUCCCAUCCUCCGAUUCCCAGAUGCAAAUCUCCAGUACAUCCUAGAAGUUGAUGCAUCUGAGUACGCUCUCGGUGCAAUUCUCUCACAGCGCAAAACUCCAUCGGAGCCUAUCCAUCCAGUAGCAUUUUUCUCCAGACUUAUGACUACAGCCGAACAAAAUUAUGCUGUUGGAGAGAAGGAACUACUCGUGAUUAAGUCAGCUCUUGAACACUGGAGACAUCUCUUGGAAGGAACAAUCUACCCUAUUCUCAUUUAUACUGACCACAAGAACUUAGAAUAUCUUCAAUCAAGUAAGACUCUCUCUGCUAGACAAGCUCGUUGGAGUUUGUUCUUUACCCGAUUCAACUUCCUCAUUACUUAUCGGCCAGGCUCCCGGAAUGACUCCAUUCAUACUCUACGUUCACUACAACAGGAUGAUACAACAAUCCCCAAGGACAUACAACAAACUGACACCAGAGGAAUUUCUCAUGUAAAGGGAAAAAUAUACAUACCUCCCGACCUUAGAGAAGAGGUCCUUCAUGACCAUCAUGAUACCCCUCUAUCGGGACACCCAGGCAUCCACAGAACCAGUGAACUCAUAGGUAGAAACUUCUGGUGGCCUAACCUUAGACAUUCCGUAGACAACUAUAUCAAGUCAUGCCAUGCCUGUACUGUUUCUAAAUCACAAAAGACCAAACCAUCAGGCUACCUCCAAUCACUGCCCAUUCCAGAAAGACCGUGGCAUACCGUAGGUAUGGACUUUAUUGUUGAAUUACCUUUAUCAAACCAGUCUAACACUAUUCUAGUUGUUGUUGAUCUGUUGACAAAAAUGGCCCAUUUCAUCCCCUACAAAAAGCUGCCUAUGGCCUCAGAAACUGCGUCCCUAUUCCUGAAACAUGUAGUCAGUCUACAUGGUCUACCAUCCAUCAUAGUAUCCGACAGGGGCUCUCAGUUCACUUCCAGGUUUUGGAGACAACUAUGUGCUGUUCUGAAAAUCAACCAUCGUUAUAGUACGGCAUACCACCCACAAACCAAUGGACAAACAGAGCGUGUAAACCAGUGGAUUGAGCAGUACAUUCGCUGUUAUUGUUCCCAUCAACAGGAUGAAUGGGAGAACAACAUUCCUAUGGCAGAAUUCGCCUACAAUAACUCCUUAAAUGGGUCUACUAAAUGUUCUCCUUUCUAUGCAAACUAUGGCUACCAUCCAACCUUCCAUCUCUUCCCUCAUCUGAACACUGCCUCGCCUCAUGUUGACGAUACAGCAAAUUCCUUAUCUGACAUCUUCAAAUUUCUUAAAGCCAAUAUACAUUUGGCCCAGCAAAACCAGAAAAGAUACUAUGACUCCAAAAGAAGCAAGCCACCACUCUACCGAUCUGGAGAUAUGGUUUGGCUCUCGACCAAACAUCUGAAACUGAAAACACCUUCACGGAAAUUCUCACAGAUGUACAUUGGUCCUUACAAGAUAACUAACGUGAUCAACGAAAACGCUGUGACAUUGGCUCUCCCUCCGGAGAUCCCGGUUCACCCCACAUUUCAUGUAACGUUGAUAAAGCCUUAUGUUCCGACAAGACUUCAAUCUUCGGAUCAGCCUCAACCUCCCGUUGUUCUGGUGGAGGACAUCUAUGAAAUAUCUUCAAUUCUCAACUCCAGACUUCAUCGUGGGCAAUUGCAGUAUCUGGUCAAGUGGAAAGGCUACUCCUCUGAUGAGGAUUCUUGGGAACCAGCCGCCAACCUCAAUGCUUCUCGUCUGGUUGCUCGUUUCCACCAAUUAAGGAAAUUGGGUUUGGAUGUGCUCAAUGAGCUAGAGGAAGCUAAGGAAGUUGUUAGGAAAUUUAUGACUGAAAAAGGAAAACAGAUUGUUUAUGUAAGCCAGGAUAAGGAGUGUGAGAAGGAUGAGUCCAGCUCUAAAUAUUUCUUGAAGUGUAUUUUCCCUUCUUUUAUACUAAAGUUAAACUUUCCCUUUUUAGGUUUUGCACCAGAUCACAAGGAUGAGUUAGUGGAGAAGUUGCAGACACUUAAACCUGCACUUGAAAACCCCGACUCCAGCGUCCUUUUCAACACCUGCUUUAACAUUGCUAUGAUUGUGGGUAAGCGUCUUCCACCAGACCAGUUCACCAGUCUACUUUUCAUCACAUUUGAAGGACUCUCAGACCCCGAUAGUAACUGCUCUCGAGCGGCCACUGUGAUGAUCAACUCUCUGCUAAAGGAUCGGGGGUCAAUAUUGCUGGCAAAGGUCCCAGAGAUCAUUAUUCGUGUUCAUGAGCAGCUUCAGGAAUCCCAGCAGGAGCAUGUGAAGAAGGCAGCCAUGCAAACAAUCUAUAUCCUCGCCACACAACAUGUAUCUGCUGUGGUCUGCAGUUUACUUUCAAGCCCCAUACCCUUUGAUAGUGAGAUUUGCAUCCUCUGGAAAGCCCUUGCCUCAGAUCCUCCACUCACCUCUCAGGUUCUGGAAAUUCUUCUGGAGAAGCUAAAUAAAGACGUACCGUACAAGGAGAGCAAAACCUCUAUGCUGAGCUCAGUAACUGGUCGAGUAGCCACCCUUCUGCCACUUACCACUACUUGUGGUCUGCGUGAGAUCCUGUCGGUCCCAGAGGCUUCCCCUGCAGUGCAGGAGCUUUACCCUCGGCUGUUUAUCUCUCUGCUGCUCCGUGUCAGCUCCAUGGUUGGGGUUCAGCUGCCUAAGAAUCUAGGACCUUCCAAGGACAAGAGAAACUCCAACUCCUCACCACCUACAAAGAUCCUGGACCCCUGCAGCUCUGCAAUUGAGGCUCUGAAGUUCAUGCUAAUACAGGGAGGCAAUGAGGAGGUGACCCAGAGCAUGGAGACUGAGAGCUGUUGGGAAAAUAUGAAAAAGGAAGAUACUCAUUACCUUGGAGUCUCCUCGCUGAGCAGUUGCAUGGUACAAUACGCAGGUCCUAAGCUUUCGGUUAUUGUGAAGAGUUUGCAGUCUGUUCUCAGCAGCGUGUAUGACAACCAGCGAAUAACCGCAACCUCCUUUUUGGCAGAGCUGCUCCGGAACAGUGAGGUGGGUGAUCUUUUAGUGCUUGAACCACUAAUGGACAAUAUGACAAGUCGUCUCAAAGACAGCAAUGUGACUGUGCGCAUGCUGGCUGUGCGGGGCCUGGGGAACCUUGCUUCUGGUGCCCCUGACAAGGUGAGCAAACAUGGAAGUCAGAUUCUCACUUCGAUGAUUAAUGCUAUGGAUGACCGGGAGGACCCUGAGCAUGUGGUAACUCAAGAGGCCAUGUCUAGUAUGUCUGUCCUCCUUCCCUUUGUACAGGAAGCAGAUGUGCGCUCUCUGCUCAUUCACACAGCAAUACGUAUACGACCAUUCUUCGACCAUGAGAAAGAGGAGCUACGGAAAGCGUCCAUCUUGCUUUUUGGUAAUCUUUCCAUGUUCAGUUCCAAAGAUGUGGAAGAAGUAUUUUUUGAACAGAUCUUGAAUGGCCUUGUGACAUUAUUACUGCACCUACAAGACCCCAAAUCUGAUGUGGUCAAGGCCUGCAAGUUUGCUCUGCAGACAUGUGCCCCCUGUAUGAAUAACCAGAACCUAGCAGACAUGUUCCUUACUCACCUACACCCAGACAGAGGACUGCACUAUGGGGAGUUCAUGAACGAUGUCUGCAAACACUUGGUACAAGGCUUCCCAGACAUGAUUUCACGGCUCAUUCAGGCAAACAUCACAUACUUCAAGAGUGGCUGGUCUGAUAUACGAGCAGCAGCACCAAUGUUUAUAGGUUUCCUGAUGCUGCACAUGCCGAAGGAACAGCAUAAACAAGUGGACCUGGAUCAUUUAGUGUCCUCUCUCAUUGUGCUUCUGAAGGAUCCUGUCCCUAUUGUACGUGUUAAAGCUUCUGAGACCAUGGGACGUCUAGUGAGGUUUGUGUAAAUUUCAAGUGAGAGGUCCCCAGCAUCACCAGCCGAGAUCUAUGUUCGUGGCAGUGUGGAGUCUUAUUGGCCCUCCAUUCACAGAGCAAUCUUACACCUUAAGAAAGUUCACCUUUACAAGCUUGAUUUUGCUAUGUCAGAUGUUUAUGGCAGAAUGCUAUCCCCUACAUCAGAAUUUUAAUACUGUAACAUUCCAAUACGCAGCUUGUUGUACCCAACAUAUCACCUGUGAGCUCCAUAUUGAAGGAGUGAAAUUCCAUAUGUAAAUACAUAAGACUCAUUGACAAAAAUUCCAUCUUAUAUUUUUAUGAACUUCCAUGUGUACAGACAUCAAGUUGUAUCACAUAUUUCACAGUGUCAGAUGAGUUUAGCUCCAUUGCUUAGUUUUGUUUGUUUAAACAUUUUAACAGUCCCUCUCCUCAGGCGCUCAGCCUGGCAUUUAUUCAUGCCCAUCACCAGCUGUCCAAGGACGUCUGCUGAUGAGAUUGUAAGAUUGGGCUUUGUUCUGAAUUCUACAUAUUCUACACAAUGAGAGCUAGAUAGACUGUUGGUCUAUGGACCUUAAUAAAUGCUGCAUCAUAUAUGUCUACUGCUCCAGAUGUUUGGGACUUUUGAGACUUUGGAACUGGCAUUUGACAAGCGAGUUUGGCCGUUCACUGGAGCUCAUUCCAUAAGCUUAUGUUGAAUAGUCAGGAUAACCUGAGAGCACAUUCAAGAAUGAUCCAUCUUUUUGGGCCUGUUGGAUUGGGGAUAUGCAGAUGUAUGUAUAUUUAAUGUUGGUUGGGGUUUAAAUAGUUUAAGGGGUAAUUUUCAGAUUGUUGAGUACACAAAUGGAAAUUAUUUUUGAAUAAAAAGAAGUUUUCGAUUGUCUCCCUA